AUGGCGCUUCUCCUGAUUGCUGCACUAUUCGCAUCUGUCAUGGCACAAAGCUCAAGCAGCACUUCCAAAUUACCUGCUGCUACCACCGUGAACCUCUUCCUAGGACUGGACGACUCGGGAGCACCUAAUGGCCUUGUUAGCUCUGUGUUGCAUGCGGACCAAUGUGUCACAGCCACCUACGGACCGAGCUCGUACGGCCUCUCCAUGGUCGGUACGCCCUCGAUAUUCGACGGCAGCGACGGAGGCACUGUCAUGAGAGUGCAGACUUGUAGUCUCGAGGGCACGACCAAAGCCGUAUGCUCCUUCACCACGGCCGUGGAGCUUUCCGGCAAGUCGACAGCCACUUCGACGAUCGCCACCUAUACUGGCAGCGAUGUCGUCUAUGGCUACCGAUCUGCCAGCGUGUACCUCGAAUCGUUUGGAAUGGCGAGCGCUGCGACUGGGAUCGGAAGGGUGUACAAGAUCAUCGUUGCGCCUGGAGCGGCGGCGUUGCUGGCGAGGGCUUUGGUGUAG